UUGCUCUCAGCAACUUCAUCAGUGCUCAAAUCAAGAUCUCGGUCAGCUAGCCCUUGGUCUACUUCUGCAGAAGAAAGUGUUUUGUUUGUACCAAGCAAUCCACUGGUCUUGCAACAGCAGGAGGAGAUUCCCGACCGAGAUGCUUCAGAAGACAUGCAGGUUGUCAAGGAGAUGAGCCACAUUUCUGCACGAUCUGGAGACUCCACGUUGGAAUUCCUUGAUGCACCUCCCCCCGAGGAGCUCGAGGAUGAUGUGAUUAUAAACGCAAAGCCAGCGGUCUCUGUGGACUGUAAACCAGCGCAGGUGGAAUUGUCGCAGGUGGCAGUGCUGGAGGAGGAGGAUAAAGAAGAGGUGUCUAAGGUAGACUUAAUAGAGAAGCAGGAAGAAAGACUUCCCCCAGAGGAUGAAAGUGAAGUGGUAGAGCCACCCAUUGAGUACAAAGAUUUGGAUAAUGUGGAUGUCCCCUCAACAUUGACACAUGCUAGUAUUAGGGAAGCCUUUGUGACAGACUUUUGUUACAUGGCAGCAUCUGAGAGGUAA